AUGCCAGGUCCAAGAUCGCCCCUCGGCGGCAGCGUGCCUCGACGCCGCAACGGGCGGCCGCAGGCGUGUGAGCCGUGCCAUCGGCGCAAGGUGGCCUGCGACCACGCUCUCCCCGUGUGUUCGCGGUGCAAGCGCGGCAGAAUCUCAAACCGCUGCGUCUAUCUCGUCCAAAACAAGACGCCCACCCGGUCGCCGCCUCAAACCCGCCAAGCCAACCAGCGACGCGACACCCACUCUCCUGUCCCGUUCACGCCACAGACGGACGGCACCCAAGGCUUUCUCGGCGCCACAAGCUACACCGCCGUCCUGCAAGAGGCCCAGAGUAGCUUGCCGGCAACGCCUGAUGAGCUCGCGAGCUCCGUCGACGGACAUGACGGGGCCGUCUCGCGGUUCUUGCUGGACGACAGGCUCCACGAUACGGCCCUCAGAGUUCUCCGCAACAUCCCGACCGAGGAGGACUGCCGCUUCUUGUUCAAGUGGAACAUCAACCCCAACGAAGGCUGGUGCAAGAUUGCAACGGGAUGGCUCAUUGACAGUCUUUGGACAACAUUUGGUCCGCUGCUUCGCGACGGGACGCAAAACGCGCUGACCCAGAUGGCAUUGGCGCUCUCUCGCAAUAGCUCCCGGUUGCUGAAGGAAGAUUACACCAAUCCGCGCGAGUGGUUCGCGAGCUUCUCUGGCCCCAACAUGCGAUGGGAGGGCUUAGGCAUCCUGUUCAACACGUGGGCGCUGGGCGCAAAAGCCUCGCCGCAGUCCGUGACGGGCGAGCACGUUACGGGCGACGAGGCACAGAAGAGUCUUUGCAAAUACAAGGACUGCUCCUGGGGCUGCAUCGAGAUCACACGAAACAUGGCCAGCGCAAACACUCUGCUGCACCAUCUCGUCUCCAGGCAAGCCAUCGUCGAGUCCAUCGUCACCGGCGACAGCAGCCCGCAGCAUUGGCGCCUUCACGGCGAGUCACUCAGCAUGGCCACGUUCCUCGGUCUACACGCGUCCCCGGGGGACCCGCGAGACCGCUCCAUUUCCACGCAGAUCAAGAGGCGCCUGUUUGCAAAGGUCGUCGUCUCAGACAAGGUCAUGGCCACGUUCACGGGUCGCCCGCCCCACCUCGCUCACCGAUUCAUCUCUACGCCUCUGCCGCUCGACAUUCCCGACGACGUCCUGCUCGGGCUGACGCCCUGGAGCGAUGAUCUGGUUGACGAGAAUGGGUGGAACACGCGGGGUAAAACCUACGCCACAACGCUGCAGCGCGCGCGAUGCAUGAUUGCCUUUGCACGAGACCCCAUCCUGGACAUUGCGUUGCAGCCCAGCGAGCUCGUAGAUGCAGAGGCUCUUCUCGGCCUGAAACGGCAGCAUCUGGACCUGCUAUCCCAAUUCCCUGAAAGCAUCCUGUUUCGACCAGAGGACGUGUCGAAUUCAACGGUUGACGGCCCGACGCUAUGUGGCAAGCUGCUGGUGCGGCUCGAACACUUGCAGAACCUCUUCUUCAUCGAGCGCCUCCUCGACCGCCCGAGCACGCGGCCAAGCCUGCCACUCUUGGAAGUCAGUCUGGAGCUCGUCUCCCUCACGCUCGUCUUUUGGACGCACAAGGACAGGAUGAGCGGGCUGCACGGCGACUAUGAGUGGCUCGUCAUGGGGUACGCGGCGCCGGCGGGUGGAGUCUUGUGCCUCGAGCUGCUGCGCGGCUCGGGUGCGUCCAUGUCGCGCCGCUCCAGUGUGAUUCAACAGUUGAGCCUGCUAGUCGGGUUUCUCGACUGGGUCGGCCCGACGGCCCCGAACGGCGAUCUGUGCAGCGAUGUCAAGAAGGUGGUUCGACACGUCCUCGAUCAGACGCUCAAUUCCCCUGGCCCAGACAAGGCAGACGGCAUGGAUUCGAUGGGGUAUCUGGGGGAUAUGAACGACUUUUUCAACUUUGAGCUCCUGGAUACAUUCGACUGGCUGCGGCCUGAUGCUGGAGAGCGAGUGCCCUGA